AUGUCAGCUGAACCCGAAAUACCAAAAGUUGAAGUUCCCAAGUUAGAAGAAUCUGUUACUGAAGAUACUCCAGCCCCAACAACAGAUGACCAAAACAACCAGACGCCGCAAGUCAUUGAUGUUGAAAAGCUACAACACGAAUUUCAGGAAUCGGCCAAAAGAUACUUGGUGGAACAAACAGCUCAAGUGAUCGUUCCAUCAUUUGCCAAGUGGUUUGAUUUGAGCAAAAUACAUGACAUUGAGAAAAAAUCGUUGCCAGAUUUCUUUGUUGAAGAUGGCUCCGGUUAUAAAUCAUCACAGGAUUACAAGUACAUUCGAGAUUUUAUUGUCAAUACUUUUAGAUUAAACCCCAAGGAAUAUUUGACAAUUACUGCUGUUCGUAGAAAUUUGUCUGGGGAUGUAACCAAUAUAAUAAGAAUUCAUCAAUUUUUGGAGCAGUGGGGGUUAAUCAACUACCAAAUUGACCCUAAAACCAAAUCAUCAGUUUUGGGCCCACAAUAUACUGGCCAUUUCCAAAUCACAUUGGAUGCACCACAAGGCUUGGUACCAUUUGUUCCAGAAAAUGCCGAAUUGACAAAGGCAACUCCAUCAAAUGUUACAAAGACUGACGACUUGAACAACGAAAAUAUACCUACCGCAAAGGAAAAUGAGUUGCCAUUGAAUUUGGAAAUCAGACGUAAUGUCUAUGCAACUGGGGAAAAGAAGACAAAUUACAAAACUAACAAUAUUGUUCAUUAUUCGUGCAGUAUUUGUGGUAAAGAUACAACUGAGGUCAGGUAUCACAACUUGAAAAUAAAAUCCUACAUGUACAACCCAACAUCAACCAUAAACAAUGCCAGUGUUUUAUGUGAAAUUUGCUAUGACCAAGGCUUGUUUCCACUGAGCUUUCAUUCGUCUGAUUUUAUUCAAUUGAAAAGAACCGAAGAAGGAGAGAAAUGGAGCGAACAGGAAAUCUUGUUAUUAUUAGAAGGUAUUGAAAUGUUUGGAACUUAUGAACCACCAUCUUCUACUGGCCCAGUAAAUGUCAAUGCAAACUUGAACAAUCAAUGGGAUAAAAUCAGUGAACAUGUUGCUACGAAAACCAGAGAACAGUGUAUCAUCAAGUUUAUCCAAUUACCAAUUGAGGACAAGUUCUUGACAAAGUUAAUAAAAGAAGAAAACGAAAAAGACACAACAAAAAGUGUAGUAUCACAAAGCUUGGUACAGGAUAUUGCUGCCAAAUUAGUUUCUACUACUGAGGGCCGUGAAUUUAUCCUGCAAAAUGCUGAAGAAAAUUUAAAGCAUGCACAAUUGGAGCAAACAAAUUUGGUGAACCAAGUAAUUGAAUUGACAUUGGAGAAGUUCAAUUUGAAAUUGAAAAAGAUUGAUGAAUUGCAAGCUAAUUUGCUCAAGUACGAAAAUCAAUUGAACUUAGAGAGAAAACAGAUUCUUCUCGAAAGAUGGGUCCAAUUUGAAAAGAUAUCCAAGUUGAAAGAAUCAAACCCCGAAUUAUCCACUGUUUUGGAUGACUUGCUUAAACCAGUCAAGAUCAAUGAAAUACACAAGUCUGUCAAACAGAGUAAUCAAACCGAAAAUGGCGACGAUAAAAUGGAUGUUGAUGAAAGCAGUAAUGAAAAUGAUGACAACACUUCCAAGUUGCCCGUGAGUGUCAAAGAACCCAAGGCUUACCAAUUUUGGUCUGGCUAA